AAGGAUUUGAAGAAGCGUCUUAAUAUUUUUUAGUCGCUGAAAGGAAGAGUUUUUGAAGGAGAAGGAGAGCAAAAAGAGAGAUUGUGAUGGCAGACGAUCUGUUUGAAGGAUUGCCACCUCCUUCAUCCAACACUGUUCCUCAACAUCAUCAACCUCAACCAGAACCAAUUGCUGUUGCUACCAACAACGAUGACAAGACGGAAUCCUCUGCAGUUCCGCCUCCAAAGCCCAUCCUCAAAAGUGCCCUCAAGCGUCCCAACCCUACUGAACCCGACACCCAAGCUGCAGCGCCUAAGAAAAGCUUGAAAUUCAAAACCAUGACGGAUGCUUCUGAAGCUCAAGUUAUUGAUGCCAUGCAGAAGAUAUCUUCGCACAUCAAGAACCCUUCAAAAUUUAGCAAGGCUGCAAAGCUUGCUGUACAGCUCAUUCAGGCAGGAAGUGUAAAGUCAGAAAUUAGUGAUUAUUUUUUUGCUAUAUUAGAAGCUGCAAUGUCAUCAUCCAUAACUUGUUCAGAUCCUUCAGUUCGAGCAGAUUACCAUUGUCUAUUCUCAGCAGCUCAAAACGCCAAAGAACACCUCAAUAAGAAGCAAAAGAAUCAACUGGAAACAUGGACAAUUAAUGCUGUGGUGGCAAAUGAUUUAUACACAGAUGACAGCUUUGUGUUUUCUAAAGCAGCUGGGAAAAUCAAGGAAAUUAUAUCUAGUCUUCCUGUUGCAACAGAGCAGGAGGAUGCAGAGGAAGAAAAGUCUCUGAAAGAUGGCACAGUUAUAGCAGAUGAAGGGGGUAAAACACCUGCCACGGAUAAUGAUAAUGAUGGGAAGGAAGCUGACCCAUUUGGACUUGAUGCUCUGAUUCCUAAUUCCACAAAGAAAGUUGAAAAACUAAAGGCAAAGAAUGAGGCAACUGUGGAAAUAAGGGAGGAUGAGGAAGAAACCAAGAGAUUCCUCAAGUCACAAAGAGAAGCCUUGAUAACUUGUUUAGAGAUUGCUGCCCGGCGUUAUAAGACACCCUGGUGUCAAACCGUGAUUGAUAUUUUGGUGAAACAUGCCUCUGAUAAUGUGUCGAGAUUUACAGCUAGUCAGAGGGAUGCCGUUGGGAAAUUGUGGGCUUCAAUACGGGAACAACAAACUCGUAGGAAGCAAGGGAAGUCAGUUAAUGGAAAACUUGAUGUAAAUGCUUUUGAAUGGCUUCAACAAAAAUAUGCUAAUGAAAAGAUUAGCAUUAGGCAUUCUGUUGGAGCUAGCGGAGACCGUCGAGCCCAACAAUGGCUUGGUUAAAUAUUCUUUUGAGGUCAAUGAAAAUGAUAAGGAUGAUGAUCACUGUAAAACUGUUCAAAGAGUGAAAGAGGAUGCGUCCUCGCGAGUUCAUUGAGUGUUGUAACAUUAGUAGCUCUCGGACAUGUCUCCGGACUGUGAUUUCUUCAGAAAACAAUUUGGUAGUAACGUAUAAAAUGUGAUUUCUUUA